CGCCCUCGCACGUCGCCGCUCGAAUCGAUAACGAUGUCCGCCGUCGCCUCCUCCAUUCGUGUCUCCGCCCCGGUCAAGGCGGGCAAGGCCGCCGCCUUCAACCGCGGUGCCCGCGUCGCCUCGGUUCGCCCCGCGCUCCCCAAGGCUCGCGUUUCCACCGUCGUGAGGGCGCGUGAGAUGGGCAUGAAGACCGACGGCACCUCCGCCACGGGCAAGAAGCCCAACCCGCAGUUCGCCACCGUGGACGGCAAGCUCUGGGUCUGCCAGGGCUGCGGCUACAUCUACGACGGCUCCCUCGGCCAGUGGGCCGAGAACAAGCGAUGCCCCGCGUGCGGCGAAAGGCGAUUCGCGCUCAAGACCCAGGCCGAGAUGAACAUCGCGAUCGCCUCCCUCGGCAUCACCGGACUCUUCGUCCUCGCGCUCUACGCCCUCGUCAAGCUCGCGUGAUCGUGCCGCCGUGCCGUGCGUGCGCGAGUGUCCGUCGCGACGCGAACGCUCGGACCCGAGGCGCGAUGAAAGAGUGGGCGCGAAUGAAUGAAUGUAUGGGGCCCACGUAGCGGGUCCGAAGGAGCCGUCCGAAGGCGCGUCUGUAGGUGAGUCGGUUAUAAGGUUACAAAAGAAUUAACUGCCCCCG